AAAUGUCACUGACCCUCCUGAUAUGUAGAGGAUAAAUCAGUCUUGAUGAAACAGACCGAAGUCUGCUUUUUCUAUGCAGCAUGAAAACGAAAAUGGUUUACUUAUCGCUCUCUGCUUACUCAUUUCACAUUGAAUGUCUCCCCCUGUUGUUUGAAUACUGCACUGCAUAGUAUGCCUCUGUACGUUGCUUUAUUUCUUAGACUGGAGAUGUUGUUUGUUUUUGUUAUUGCACAAAUGUGGCUGUUACUUCAACUACAUUCUUGCAUUUUCUAACAAAUCAAAACGAAAAGAAACAAAAUAAAUAAAUACAUUUUACAAUCAGGAUAUGAAAACCCAAUUAAACAUGCAUGUUUGAAACUCAACUAGAUUUGUGGGUGGGUGGGAGCACACAUUUUGGCUGUGAUCACUUUCAAGAAUUUUUUUUACAAUUUGUAGUUGUAACGUACAACAGUAUGUUUUUGUAUUUCUCAUAUGUGGUUAUGAUAAUGGCAAUGGCACUGAGCAUUUACAUGCAAAAUGUAAUGCAAAAGUAAAAUGAUGGACUUGAAGGUCAUUCUUCAUCUUGUCUUUGUACACAGGCAGGAAUCUGUAUGUCCAAGGACGCCUGUCCCUCAGAGACCUGUCUUCAGGUUCAGGACAUGACGUGGACCUCGAAGAACAGCUGAGUGGUGUAAAGUUACUGUGAACAAGAAUGCAGUGAGCAUAAGGGCCCACUGUUCUCCAUACUGGAGCACGUAUGGAUGCCGGCCUUCUGCGCCACUCUGUUAGGCUUUAACGAUAUUGUGGUUAGCACUAUGUGCUUUUCUAGCCGUAUACCAGUGCCGUGGAGCCCAACUGCCUUAGAUUGCGGCAUUUAUCAGACAUUAUUAGACAUUACGACUCCUUCCGUAAGCUACAGGAGCAGACUUGUCCUCUGCUGAUCCUUGAUCAAAAAGCUGUUCCAUUGCUUUAAUAACAAACUCCAUCCUUAAAAGCCCAAGGUACAGAGUGCACAAGGUCAAUGGCAUAAAAUAAAAGUACAAAUCUAUUAAAAGACUCUUGGCCUAUUGUGUAACAUUGCACAAAGCCCAAGUCGAAUUUUCUUAAGCUCAAGGCAGCCUGUGGGCGUUUUAUGGGUAAAAACUGAAACUGAAAACUUGAAAGAAGCAGAAAUAAGACAUCACAAUUCAUUUGAACCUCGUGAUGGCACUAAUAGGACACUAGUAGGACACUAAUCUGAGAAAAUAUUUGUGUUGUAUGCCAAUACAUCUGAUGGAUUUUAAGAUACUGGAUAAGGCAAAACUUAGAUGAAGAGUCAGGGCAUCAGCAGAGUCAUUUGAAUUAAUCCUCAGGGCACCAUGUACAGAGGACCAAAACUACCAACAUCGGAAUUAAAUGAAUUAAUCAGUAAGUUAAUUAAUAUUCCAUAAAUUGCAAACCUCAAAGCGAACCAAUUAAUUAUACAAAUGUUACUAAAUAACAAUAAAUAUCAAUUCAUGUCACGUUUUAUCAUUAGUUUUGUUGCAACUAAAGACAUAUUAACUACUUAAUUUUUUUAUCGACAUAUUUAUCCAUUUAUUUGGUUUUAAGUUUGGCUGCUUCGGUACUCCUAUGACUGGACAAUCUGUAAAAUAUUUGUGGGGACUUUCAACUCUGGACCACAGUGGUGGACCAACCAGUACUGGCUUCCAUGCUGCUAGCGUGGCUAAUAAAAUAAGUCAUCAUAAAGUGGUGGAUCCUUGCUGAAUAUUUAAAAUCCAAGGCCAUCUCUGAUGACUCCAUCCCUUUAGGUAACAAGAAUCCAUGGCUGCAGGGACAGUUAAAGACUGGCUUUAAGAUGAAACACUGUGUAUGACUUCAGGGUAGUACACUCGAAAUCCACUCUGAAACCUCAGAAUCUGAGUUUUAUUGUUGGCUUUCAGAGCGCCAUCUCCAUGACUGCAAAGCUGUUGUUUUGACAACAUUUUGGUGUUUCUAUUUUCAUCACUUCUUCAGGGUUAGAUGGGGCAUACAUGGUCUGACUGGGGUGGGUGAGAGGUCAAGGUAAGGGUUAGAGGUCAGAGGUUAUGCUACUGUGAGUGUUACCCCUUUCAAAGACCUGGAGGUGAGAGACAUUCCUGAGGCCCUGGCUUUGUGUGGAGUUAGCUGUAGUUUACAGAUACAAUCGGGGGAAUAGAAUAAGAAUGACGCUGAGUCACAGACCAGUUAAUUUAAAAUAAUUUGCUGGUUUGAGCAAAGUAUUUAAUCAGCAUAACUUUGUCAAGCUCCCGUCAUGUCAUGCUCCGUCGCUUUUCUUUUGGACUCACAAUGUUUCCCAACGUCUUCCCUCUCUCUGUUUUCCUGCUGCUGUCUGUACCUGAGGCCGGACUGACAGCAGAGCCCAGCAGGAGAAGAGGGUCUCUGGUGUUUGACUGACAGACCAGUGAUGAGUGCACAGAGAGAGGGUGAAGGGUGGAGGUCAGAGUUCAGUCUCCCAUGAUCUCCUGUGAAGACUGCAGGGCUACAGGCUGAAAUCAAACCUGGACGCUGUGUGAAGCUCCUGAAAUCUUUUGUGGACGACAAAACUUUACUUGUCUCUCCAUCAUGACAUGUGGUGAUCCCUCAGAUAUCCAGCCUGUCAGGGAACGCCGAUGUUGGAAAAUGAUGUUUCCUCUGAAGACGUUAAACUUCUCGUGGACAAAUAGCUCACCAUUUAACUUGUCUACUCUUCUCUCCCAUCAGCGAGCUUGAGUGGAUUCAACAUGCAUGCGUCAGAUCACACUGACAGGGGGCGCUGUUCCUGUGAGCUGCAGCAUGGCUGUCUGUCUCAGCAGGAUAGGCCCCUCAGGACAGCAGAUUCCCAGGAAAAAGAUGCCCAAACUAUGGAAAAUGAGUCUGAGGGGGCCCCAAACUCAGUGCGCUCCUCUUCCACUGAUACAGCCAGUGAGCAUUCAGCUGACCUGGACGUAUUGGAGGCAACAGGACCAAGCCUUCAUCAAAAGAACUCCCUCAACCCAGCUCCACUCCAUAACUCGCACCAUAAAGAGGACAGUCUUUCAGAGGGUCUAGCUGAAGCUCUGGCCAAGGGCAUGAAAAACCAGAGGGUUCUAGCCCGCCAGAUAAAGAGGACCAUGGAGAGUGGGGUUAAGGAGACUGACUCAUGCACUUUAUCACCUGUUUUCCGACCAGGGGUGGUGCGUAGGGUGAAUGGAGGUGCUGUUGAAGUCCAGCUCCAAGGAGAGGAAACCCUCAUUAAAUACCCUUUCCAUGGUGGGACCAUGAUGGCAUCAUCAUCAGGAGCUGAGAGAACUGUUGAGUUAAUUUUGGAUGCCCCCCCACCUGGCAUGGCACCUGUGGCCGUCAGGACCCGAGUGUGUGUGCCCUUUGCAGGAGAGGAGGGCCAUCCGCUGCUCUACAGAGAGGGGAUUAUUGCUCAGGUGGACCCACACCCCGGUGUCUCAUUUCCUUACCAGGUGCUCCUGAGUGAAGAGACUCUGAACGAUGGCCGGGUGGGGGAAGACAAAGAGAAAAGGAAAGCUAAUGCUCAAGCCGUGUGGGUAUCCCGACAAAGUCUGAGACUGCUCACCCCUCCUUGGGAGGUUCCACAUUUAGAUGGUGGAAGGGCCAAGGAGAGAGAGCGGGAGAGGGAGAGAGAAGAGAGAGAGCGGAGGGAGGAGAUGGAAGUAGAGAGGGAGGUGUGCCAGUUGAGUAUUGGAAUGGGGGUACUGGGAGGCGGGGCAAGGUUGGGACACGGUUUUGCGCAUGAAGGGGUCGCAGGAGGGCAUCCCUUUGGAAACGUACAUGCACCACCCCAUUCUAGUAUAGCUGGCAGCACAGUUCACGGCUGUGGAGAUAACUACUCUGACAGAGAGAGACAGAAACAGCCAAACACACCAGAGGAGGACGUUGAGGUAUCUCGUUUUAACAUGGGCCUCACUGUUGGUCCCAAGCCACAGGCUGUGACCUCUCAGCACAGAAACAUCAUCUCCAAGUCCAGCAGCUACCCUCCCUCCUCCCCCCACCUCUCUGUGGUGCGGGGGCUGGGACCUCCACACCUCUCCACCCUAGCCAGUCCUCAGCCACCCCCUUCCCCUGCCUCACUGGCGUCCGAACUAAACAACACCACUUCAAACCUACCUCCAUCAAAGACCACUCCCACUCAGAACCUUACUCCCACUUCUGGUGGGGGGUCCUCUUCUACCUCCUCUCGCUCCAGGACUCCCCUCUCGUUGGCUCAGCAGAAAUACAAGAAGGGUGAUGUGGUGUGCACCCCUAAUGGUAUCCGUAAGAAGUUUAAUGGUAAGCAGUGGAGGAGGCUGUGCUCCAGGGAAGGCUGUAUGAAGGAGUCACAGCGUCGAGGAUACUGCUCCAGACACUUGUCCAUGAGGACCAAAGAGAUGGAGGCAGCAGGGGGAGAGAGGGGAGGAGGAGGCAGUAGCUCAGGGACAGUCACCCCAUCUGACCUGCGGGGGAGAGCGAGCAGUGAGUUUGAGUGGGACGACACAUCAAGAGAGAGCAGUGAGACUAGUAGCAGAGGAGAUUCUCGACCCCGUUUGGUCCUCCCCUCCCUCCUCCCCCCUGACCUGUCGUCACGCUUUGACUUUGAUGAGUGUGAGGCUGCCACCAUGCUUGUGUCAUUAGGGAGCUCCCGCUCUGGCACCCCCUCCUUUUCUCCCAUCUCGAACCAGUCACCUUUCUCCCCUGCCCCCUCUCCCUCACCUUCUCCGCUGUUUGGCUUCAGGCCGGCCAACUUUUCCCCGAUUACUGCCUCCCCGGUCCUGCAACACCGGCGGCACCGGCAACCCAGCGGAACAGGGGGAGGAGGUGCAGGGGGGGGUAAGUCAACUACCCCAGCUGGAGGAGGAGGAGAAAGGGAGAGACACACUUCAGGCAUCCAGCCCUCCUUCCACAGCAACCUAAUGUUUACAGUCCCCAUGAGCCCCAGCAAAAGAAAGCCCGAUGCUCCUCCACCACCACCCCUUCCCUCCCAUCACCACGAUUACACACCCAAGACAGAGCUGGAGCAGGGGGAACUCAACAACUCUUUCAGGGUGCUGUCACCCCAAACAUCAGCUUCACAUUCCCGCACACACACGCCCACCUUCUCCCGACCCAGAGGAGUGACCACCCCCUCCUCCUCUAGUAGGCCACCGUCCUCCACUGCUGUCUCCCCUCCUCCUCUGCUGGUGUCUCCAACUCCUCCUUCUCCUCUCACUCCAGAUGGAGGGCCUCGUCGUGUAGUCCCUGUAUCCCAACAGACGUUACGGGACUCCCCUGUCAUCGUGAGGAAUCCCGAAGUCCCACUGGCAAAAUUUACAGAGUGUCCCCUGGGAAGAGGAGGAGGAGAAGGAGGAGGUGGAAACGAGGGAGGGACAGAAAACACCUCAUCUAAAGACAUCAGCCUAACACCCCUUACCUCUCAGCCAAUUUCUGGCCUCCAGGUUCCCGUCCCCAUUAACGCUGCUGCAGCCACAGUUCCCAAUGGCACCGUCCUCUUGCGGAGCCCGGCCCAAACUCUGGUGCUUGUGUCCCCAACACCCUCUUCCUUGCCCACCACUGAGACGCCCACCGCCCCCCUGCAGGCCCUGUCAGUUACAGUCAGCACAACAGUCACAGCUCCCGUUCCAAGUUGCUUGGACAGCUCUGUGGAACGAGAGGACAGCAGGGGGACAGGGUUUGGGGGCGAGGUCCAGCAGCCGGUUCCUUGUCACCCUUCUCCCACCGCCUUGCUGCCGCUGAUCCUCCCAGCUGAAAGCCUUCACCCCGUCCCACGGAAAGACAUCAUCAUGGGACGUCCUGGCACAGUGUGGACCAAUGUAGAGCCCCGGUCAGUUCCAGUCUUCCCCUGGCAUUCAUUGGUCCCUUUUCUGGCACCCACCCAAUCAGAUGCUUCUUCUCAGCCGGGAGAGGGCCCACACCCAGUCAGCCACCCCCAAGCAGCCAAUCUGAAGACAGAGUGUCAGGGGGUGGCAGCGCUGUCACAAGAGCCUGCAGAGGCACCUCCCACUGUAGAGAGAGGUCCUCUGUCCCAGCCUCCCCCCUCCUCUGAUGAGCCACCUCCAGAGAAGGAGAAAGGAGAAGAGAGGGAGAGGCCUGACAGUGAGACGGAGAGUGAUGUGGAUGACCCCUUCCUCCCAGGAGUUGUACCGGAGCAGCCCCUCUCUACAUCACCAGUAAAGAGACGCACUCAGUCCCUCAGUGCGCUGCCCAAAGAUGGAGAUAAGAACAGUCCUGGAAAGAGGGAAAAGGAUCACAUCCGGCGACCAAUGAAUGCAUUUAUGAUUUUCAGUAAGCGCCAUCGAGCAUUGGUGCACCAGCGGCACCCAAACCAGGACAACAGGACAGUCAGUAAGAUCCUUGGGGAGUGGUGGUAUGCUCUGGGACCCAAGGAGAAACAAAAGUAUCAUGAUUUGGCCUUCCAGGUAAAAGAGGCCCAUUUCAAGGCCCACCCAGACUGGAAGUGGUGCAACAAAGACAGGAAGAAGUCAAGCUCUGAAGGCCGUGGGGUGCCUGGGGGCAAAGACAUAAGAGAGAGGAGCAUGUCUGAGUCUACAGAGCCCCAUUCUGUGGAGCUGAAGGGGGUUGGUCCAGGUCUGGUGGGCGUGUCUGAAAGGAGUGCAGGAGAAGGUCACGUCGGCCAGCUUACCCGUCCUCGAGCCUUCUCUCAAAGUGCCAUGCACAGCCUGGAGCGGGUCGACAGGGGUAAUACACAGGCCCUGGCAGAACUGGCACAGAUGUGUGGCGAUGGUGGCAGUCAGUUUUCGAGUCAUGCCCCACCCCUGUCACAGUCCCAAAGGGGGGUCAGCGAGGACAUGACCAGUGACGAGGAGCGCAUGGUCAUCUGUGAGGAGGAGGGAGACGAUGAUGUCAUCGAGGACCCUUAUCCUAGCAGUUCCAUAGACCUGAAGUGUAAGGAGCGGGUGACUGACAGUGACAGUGAGAACGGUUCUGGAGACGAAAGUGAACAAAAGAGAGUUUUUGCUCCAGUCAUUUGCUCCUCUGCAUUAUCAUCUUCCUCACAACAUACGCCUCAUGGCAGGAGCGUCUCGUUGUCCUCUUACCCUUCCAGUAAGCGCCAUGAUGAGGGGAGAUCAGGUGGAGGAGGGUUUUCAGAUCACAGGAGGAAGGACAGAGGAGAAGGAGAGGGUAAGGACACUUUUGGUGGGGAGGGAGGAGGAGGAGUGCAAGCCACUUCUCUCUCCCUCUCUUCUGGCCAGUCAGUCAUCUCCACCUCUCCAGCUGGAGGGCCUCCAUCCUCAUCAGUAGGUUCACUGGGUGUGAACCCACUCCUGGGCAUUGGUGCUGUUAGGGUGGCCUCCACAGUGGUGACCAAUGUUAUGCGUCCUGUUAUCAGCACACCGCUCCCCAUCGCCAGCAAACCCAGAGAUGGGGGCACAUCAUCCAGCCCACAUCCACCUGAGAGGAAGUCCCUGACCCCCCAGCAGCAGCAGCAGCCACAACUUCUAAUAGGUUCGGGACCAGGAGGCGGGGCCACAGCCACAGGGGGUGGGUACUACUCCUCAUCAUCACCUAACCCUGUAGGUGCAGGCGUGGGCCCAGGUGGGGUAGUGACUAAUUUAGUGUUAGGAGGGGCUUUGUCUGGUCAACCCGCUGUACAGCUCAUCACCCCCUCCCCCCAGCCUCAGCCCCCCCAGCAGCAGGUGCAUCACUCAACUGCUGUUUCAUCACCGCAUAGCCAAACCAAUGGGCCCCUGCCUCUCCCUCUGCUUCAGCCCCAGUUUCUCCCAGCCUCUUCCCUAGCGCCCCCUGGGGGUAAGGCCAUCACACAAGUUCAGUACAUCCUGCCCACCCUACCUGCCAACACCCACCCCAAGAGCCCACCUCAGCAGCUCAGCCAGCCAACCAGCAUCUUCAACCUGCCCACAGCUCCACCUACACACGUGUCCCUGGCCAAUGGGAAGCAGCAGGGUACAGGUUCCCUGACGGGAUAUACGUCCAGCUCAGCAGUGGGUGUUGUCAGCCCAGGAGCUAGAGUGCAUACACAGUCUCCGGUCCUCCAGAGUAAAAUGCUUGUUCCCAUGGCAACAGUACGGACUGCAUCAGCCCCUGCCCAGCAGUUUCCCAUCGUGGCUCCACCUCUUCCUGUCCAGAAUGGAGCUCAGCCCGGAAGCAAGAUCAUCCAGAUAGCUCCCAUGCCACUGGUCCAGUCCCAGCUGCCUCAGGGUGGAGCAGUCCACCCUGCCAGCCCCUUCCCUGUAACAGUUGGCACAGCAGCUGUGGUGGCUGCAGGAUCUGCUCCCUCCCAGGCUGUUCUGCUACCACCCGCACCUACCAGGAUCACUUAUGUCCAGUCCACCCCAGGGGUCCCAUCCAGUCUGCCUCUGGUCUCCACAACAACAGGCUCUUCCACCACACAGCAAGCCCUGCCAGUGGCUGGAUCUGCAUACGUUCCAUCGCCCCUCGCAACACUCGGGUUCACAGCCAUCGCGCCACCAGGACAGACGCUAGUUCAGCCAUUGAUCGCAGGUCAGCCGCCGCUCCUCGCCCCAGCUCACUCCCCAUCACCCUCCACCUCAGCCCCUGCCUCAGGUGGCCAGAUCGUCACCGCCAUCUACCCUCCUUCACCUAGCGUCACUAUGGCAACAGGGGUGGUCUCCAUGACAGCAGUGCCCCCCAGCGUUGUCUACUCCGUCUCCAGCCCCUCCAGCGCUUCCCCCCACAUCCUGUCCAAGCACACGGCGACCCCCACCACAGUCACGCACACACAUCCGCAGCUCCAUCUGGACAGACAGGCAGACAGACACCUGCCUCCGGACAGACCCGCAGAUCGACACACUGACAGACAGACCGAGAGGCAGACGGAACUGCUGAUGCAUUUGGACAGACAGUUGGAGAGGCAGGCGCAGACCUCCAGCAGUAGCAGCUCAGUGGCACCUCCCAGUGGCUCAGCUGGGGCCAUGAGACCCUGCAGUCCUCCACUUCAGCUCCAAACAUCCGGCAGUACACCGGGCACACCCAAACUAACCCAGCUUCCGGUCAGGACCCCUCAGAAGGUGAAGGCGACGGUGGCUAACAUCCCUGUGGGCAGCUAUGAAGGAGGAGGCAGAGGAAAAGAGCGAGAGAGGGAGAAGGAUAGGGAGAGAGAGAGAGAGAAGGAGCGCGACAGAGAGAGGGAGCGAGAGCGGGAAAAGGAGAGGGAGCGAGAAGCCGCAGCCACCAGCCACUUCUCCUUUGAUCCCGAGUCUCCGUCAACAUAUCCCACCGAGGAGGCGCCGUCCUCUGACAGACCCCUGGAGGGCUCCAGUGCAGCCGACUCCUCUGACACACGGAGCAGGGAAAGCACAACCACCAAAGAGGCUGGAUGGAAGGAGUCCCUCCCCUCCUCUCCUCUCCCCCCUCCAUCAGCCACAGAACCCACCCUGCCUCCCCCACCGACCGACAAAGACGGUCCAACACCCAAAAAGGUCAAAGCCCGCCCGCCCCCGCUGAAGAAGACAUUUGACUCUGUGGACAAGUCUGGCAGGGUGCUGUCAGAGGUGUAUUUUGAAGAGCGCUUUGCAGAGCUGCCUGAGUUCCGGCCUGAGGAGGUUUUGCCUUCGCCCACCCUGCAGAGUCUGGCCACUUCACCCCGUGCCAUUCUGGGCAGCUACCGCCGCAAGAGGAAGAACUCGACAGAUUUGGACUCAGCCACGGACGAGCAAGUCUCUCCUAAGAGAAAGAGUCGGCGGCGCUCAAGUUGCAGCUCGGAGCCCAACACACCUAAAAGUGCCGCCAAGUGUGAGGGAGACAUCUUCACCUUCGACAGAGCAGCCACGGACGGAGAAGACAUCCUGACAGAAAUGGAGUUUGAUAAGGUGCCAUACUCCUCCCUGCGACGAACACUGGACCAGAGGCGGGCACUGGUCAUGCAGCUUUUCCAGGAGCAGGGCUUCUUUCCUUCAGCUCAAGCCACCGCAGCCUUCCAGACCAGAUACUCCGAUAUAUUCCCCACCAAGGUGUGUCUGCAGCUGAAGAUCAGGGAGGUCCGGCAGAAGAUCAUGCAGACGGCCACCCCCUCUGAUGCCACUGGAUUAGGCAUCCCAGACUCAACUGGUUCCCUCCCUGGACCCUCUAGUUCCCAGUCAGGAGAGGGAUCUGCGAGAGGAUGCGGGGACCUGCAGGAUGACGAAGAUGAGCAUGGGACAGAGGCGAGUCCUGAGGAUGUUCGCGAUUCACAGGACUCUUCUAGAUGAGGGACACUGACAAAUCAGUCACACCUUUCCAUCCCCGACAUGCUUACACACUUGUUUUGAUUUGAUCCUGAUUUCAGCCUGUGAGAGAGAGAGAUGUUUGUAUGCAAUGACAGGAUGAGGGUUUUUUUUGUAAUCUGUGACCCUUGUACCAAAAAAAAAGGACACAAGACAGACCAGUGGCACAAAACUACCAUGUAACACACACAAACUAUUCAUUCCCACACUUGAAUUAGCACUCUGUAUUAACCACCUCGGAGAAAAAGCUCCCAUGUUUGCCAGUGAACGAAGGAUCAUUGUGUGCAGCUGGACUCUUCCACCUUGGAGAAGAAAAAGGGUUCUUGUUUUUGAACGAAGGGACCUGAUGAACCCUAAACGGGCAGUUUUAAAACAAGGACGAUACAUGUUUUGAUAUUUGUUUUUAGUAGGAUAAGAGGAGUAAAGUAUCUGCUUGAGGAACAAGCUGUACGUAGACUUAACUGUCUUGUUUCUGCUGACAUUCGGGGGCUGGGCCCUCAACAGCCGGAAACUAUUUGAUUUGACUAGAUAAGUGAUUACUACGGACCUGGAACGAUCAGAUUUUCUCCAUUUUAUUGCUCACAAGUAGACCUUCAGGGGAGGUCUACCAGGAUGUGACUGAAAAGAAAAAAAAAAAAACUGACUGAAACUCAAAGUAGAUUUCUGGCAGUGCCAUCAUUCCUGCAAUUAACCUGUCUGGCCAAGUCCUCCCUUCUUGCGACUGACCUGAGCACAUGCCAGAAGGAAGGAACCAAGCAUUCCUGUGCCUCUCAUUCGCUAGCCAUGAAGGAAGGAGGAGGGUCAGAGUCAAUGGGCACAUCCUGGCUCUUAGUCGUAGAGGUCAGGCUCAAACGGCCUUAAUCCUCUAUUGCCAAGCAGUUUUAUUAACUUUUUUUAACAUUGUCAUAUUUAGUUUGUUGUUGUAUUAUUCCGAUGGUUAUUAUUAUUAUUAUUAUUAUUAUUAUGAUAAUUAUUAUUACUUUUCAUAUCAUUGCAGUGAGCCCCGGUCCUUUUGUUUCCUUCAUUUCUACCAGCUGUUGAUUUGUUGUUCUAGUUUUUUUUAUAAAUAUAUAAUUUUGGAGGCAGGAGAGCGACACUGCUCCACACCUGUGCAGUUCCUCCAUUGUAGUCUUCCCUUGACUGGCCUCUCGCCUCAGCAAGGACCUGCGGUGCAGUUUAUUUUUACUCAUUUCAAAAAGGAGGACAGAAAACACGACAUGGACCUUUAUAUUCUUUGAACAGUAAUAAGCCGUAUGUUUUUAGACGUAUGCCUCUCUGUCCCUCGCUAAGUUUGAUUCUAUGCCCUCAAGACUUGUACAUCGCCUUCCUCCACCUCUUCCCUUCCCUCCUUCCUCCCUUUGUCACUUUAUUGCUCUUUCCAGACCUCCUUUUUUAGACAGGCGGAGAGAAAACCGGGGGAAGCGAGGGGAGGGUGAUGAAUCAAAGAGAGCUGGUAGGAUCUAAUUCUGGUUGUGUCUUUGUGCAAGACUUGGUUGUGUUGUAAAUAAUUACUGUAGAGUCAGUAGACUCAUUAUAUUAUUGAUAAGGAAAAAUAUCUGUCAUUGAACAUAAGUUGACUUUUAAGACACCCAUUACCAAAAGUAAAACACAAGAAAUGGAAAAAAUAAUAAAUAUGGCUGUUAAUGUUUUUGUGUUAUGCUCCUUGUUUUGCUGUUCCAGUAUACAAGAGAGGAAUUUAUAUGAAUAAUUUAAGUUUGUAUCUGUAUCUUUCAGUAUGCAAAUAAAAUUAGGUGUUCAAUUAAAGUGAUUUCAUCGCUGGAAA